AGCAUCUGCAGUUCCCAUUAUCUCUGAUACCACUUCAACAAGAGGCCCGUGGUUAGUGUAAUUUUGCGGUUUACAAUAUUUACAGCGUAAUUAAAAUGAAAUUUUAUUGAAAUUCAAAUUUAAUGAACUGUUUAUGCAGUUUCACAGUACAAGUAUCCAGCUGUUUAUUGGCACCCUCUCCCAAGUUUCAGUCUUCAUUUUCUAAUGGAGAAGUAGAAGUGAGAGAGCAUUCUGGUGCUAAUUCAAUUCUUGAUUACACAUUUCCAAUGUGGCUCUGAUUCUGGGGAAAUCAUGUUCUUAUUUUAGGGCGGUGUUCUUGUGGUAGACUCAAGAUUACAAUCACAAAUUGAAGCUGACAGAAUUCUAUUUCAAAUCUCAGAAAGAGCUCCUAAUUGGUCCAUGAACACGUUAUUGAUGGUUCUGGAGGGAGAGAUGGCUUUUUAUCCAGACAAAAUAUUCAUGCAGUGCAGAUGUGACGUGUUUUGCAGAGUCUCUGUUUCUCCAGAGUUCUUCAGAUUAAACACAAACCCAAGGCUAACCCAGUCGGGCACCAAUCAACAAAUGCGAUGUCUUGAUAGAGGUAUUGACAUCAUAGGGUACCAUGUCUCCUUGGUAUAGCAUGCAGCACGCCCUGUUGGGAGUCACAUUUCACCAUUUGACUGACUGGUUCAAAGCAGGAGUUUCUCAAUUCUUACACUGAGAAUUGCUCUUGGUAAGUUUUCUCAGCAGAAGUAAGAAGGGCAUAGAUCACCAGAGGGAAGUGAUUGCAGGUUUGGGGGCUCAAUCUGGAAUUCAGUCAUACCCAAAUUGAGGGCACCAUCAAACAAGGGUGAUGCUGUGAUAAAUUAUUCCAAUUGCGCAGUUAGAUCACCUGUAGAACAUUCCAAUCAACCAGACCAUGAAGAUUGCAUGGCCUAGAGAAGCACACUGAGAAAGGUUCCAUGUUGCAGGACGCUGACCACAUCAGCAUUUGUGAUAUUCUGUUAUUAGUGGGUCACUGGGCACUGUGUCUAGUCUUGUUGAUCAACUAUCCUUCAAUCAAAUUGCAAAUCGUAAAACAUCCAUCAAUCAGACCCACAUCAAUUACACCCAUGUCUAUUACAUUCCAAUCAACUCCCGAACACAAUCCAGCAGUCACGGGCAAAAUUUCCAAGUAUAACUUUUCCUCAUUCUCAUACUGUUAGUCAUCCACAAAGCUUCCAUCAAUCAACUACUCACCAAUCAGUAUGAAUCCCAUCUAUAAGACUUGUCUAAAAGAAAUCCCAGUAUUUAGACCCAAUCAAUUAUAUGGGUUUCUCCAAUUUUUUUUCUCAGAUUUCAUCAAUUUUCAUGAAAUUAAAUUCUAAUCAAUCUGCUCCAUUUUCCGUACUAGUAUCAAUCACACUACAUCUAUCAAUCUCCUUAACUAGGAACGAAAAUCAGUUAUUAUGUUUGCAUUAAUCAGAAAAAUCUGGAGGCACAGUAAAUAUAUAAAUAUUGCUUAAACAUUACAAGAAUUUUUGACUCAAUCGCCUUUUCAGGUAGUGAAAUUUCAGGCUCCCACCACCCUCUGGAAGAAAAAAAUUCUUCUGAACUCUCCUCUUAGCUUCUUUCCUUAAAAUCUAUGCCCCCUGGUUAUUGAUCCCUGUACUAGUGGAAAGUCUGCCUUACUAUCCAUCCUAUUUGUGGGCAGCAUGGUGGCUCAGUGGUUAGCACUCCAGGGACCUGGGUUCGAUUCCAGCCUUGGGCGACUGUCUGUGUGGAGUUUGCACAUUCUCCCCGUGUCUGCGUGGGUUUCCUCUGGGUGCUCCGGUUUCCUCCCACAGUCCAAAGAUGUGCAGGUUAGGUGGAUUGGCCAUGUUAAAUUGCCUGUAGUGUUCAGGGUGUGUGGGUUAUAGGGGCAUGGGUCUGGGUGGGAUGCUUCAAGGGGCAGUGUGGACUUGUUGGGCUGAAGGGCCUGUUUCCACACAGUAGGUAAUCUAAUCUAUUUAUGUCCUCUCAUUAUCUGAUACACAGCAAGUCCCCUCUCAACCUUUGCUGCUUCAAGGAAAACAACCUCAGUCUUCAAAUUUUUCUCCUAGCUCAGACCCUCCAGUCUAGACAGAAUCAUGGUAAAUCUCAACUGCACCCUCUGUAAUGCAAUCACAUUUUUCCUAUAAUGUAUUGACCAUGCAGUACUUGAGCUGUGGCCUAACCAGCAUUUUAUUCACAGUCCAAUUUAUUGUUCUUGGAUUCUGAUCCAUUAUUGUGAUGUUCCCAUCUAAUGUUUUUGAGUUUUAAUCCAUGGUUGUGACACUCCAAUGUACUGUUCUCAAUUGAGGCUACUGAUAACAUUAUGAGAUUGCACAUUGAAUUGUGUCUUUUAUCAACAGAAGAGGGAAACUUACUAGGGACACAAUUAGAAUUCAUGGGGACUGACAUUAAUUACAGCUACUGGGCAAACAAUUUCAUUUAACUCUUUAUAAGCCGAGACUUUUAUUUUACUUGACCAGGAACAUUGUGCUGCCCUGGUAGGAUUUGAGGGUUGCUGUGGCCAAGAUUGGCUGAAAUACUAGAAGGACUGACCAUAAUUUUUCAAUCCUACUAUAAUCAAAAUGUGAGUAAUGUAGUCUUGUAUAUGUACAAUUUUGUUAAUAACAGGAGAGAAAAAGCAAUAGAUCACCCACAGAACUCAGACAUAACCUAUGAAAACAUUUAGGAACACUUUCUCAGGCCAUAUUCUAAGAAAUAAAAUAAUUCACCAUACGAGAGGCAUAUAUGAGGUCGUGGUCAAUGUUUGGACCAACUUCACAGGGAGAAAGAAAAAAAAAUAGAUUAUGUGAGUGGAUUUCAGGAGAUUAUGUUUGAAAAUGAAAAGUAUGAGUUCCAAGGUAGUAAUCACCAGUGCCAUGCAGUAGUGAGUAUCGGAAUGGAAGGAUAGAGCAGAUAAGUGCAUGACUAAACAGCUGAUUCAGGACGGGGUAAGUUUUACAUUCUGGAGGCAAGAAACUGUUUCUGGGGGGAGGUGGGUCCUGUGUAGGUUGGACAGGUUACAGGUGAACAGAAUGGGACAGAAUUGGGGUUGAUUUAAUUAGAUUGACAGGAGAUGGAAAACUGGGGAGAAAAGCGGAAAUGAGAUUACAUCAGUGAGUGAGUCUGCAAGGUAGAGGAAUCCUAAGUCAUGUUAAGAAAGAAGGGAUGUUAACAAGGCUAAAUGGAAUGAAUUCUCAUUCAAUGAGUUUGAGGAAUAAGUUAGUUGAGAUAAGACCAUGUGAUAGGCAUGUGAGAAUAUGAUUGGAUCACCCAAUGAUACAGUACAGGAGAGGCUCUUCAGCCCAUCAUGCCUGCAUUGCCAAAAGUACACAGCUAUCUACAUUUUUCUCACUUUCCUGCACUAGGCCUAUGGCAGUAUGUGUUAUGACACUUAAACGGCUGGUCCAAAUCAGAGUAUUGAGGUUUCCUACAUCAAUUAUCUUCCCAAACAGUGCAUUCCAGACCUCCACCAUCCUCUGGUUGAAAAGCCUUUACCUCAAAUCUCGCUAAACCUCUUGGUUUUCUCCUUGAAUUAUAUACCCAUGCCAUUGACUCUUAGACUAAAAGGACCAGAAACUGAGCUAGAAUGGCCAUAUGAAUCCCAUGGCUACUUCACCAGGUCAGAGAUCAAAGUAGGAAGGGUGACCUGUCCUUGGUGAGCUGCACUAUUAGUUUGCUUAAGGCAGCGAGAGUGGGAAUAAAAGCUUGUGUCACAUUUAUUCAGUCCUCUUGGGUACUGGGAGUGAUAACAGAAGUUUGAAAAUGAUACUUCUCGUUAAAAAGCAGGAAUAUAGAGAAUGUAGCUUCAGGCCAUUCUGCCCAACAGUGGUGUUGGGGAUCAAAGUGAGAAUAUAAUUGAAGACAGAACUAUCACAAGGAAGAAAGAACAUUGUUCACUUCUGUGUGGAUAAAGUAGGAACAGCAAAUGGGUUGAAUGAGUGGCAAACAUUUAGCAGGUAGAGUAUAAUGUUAGUGAAUUUGGCAAGGAGUAUACAAAAUCAAAUCAGGGAAGUUGCACAACAGGAAGAUACAGAGAGAAUUACAAAGUGUGCGCGUGGAAAAUAUACAGCAAGUGACUGGGAAAGCAAAUGCGGUUUUUUAAAAAUUCAUUCAUGGAUGCGAGCUUCGCUGAGGACUUUGUACAGUUUUGCUCUCCCUUGUAAAAAGGAGAUAAAUGAAGAAGAGGUUCACUGAUGGGGAAGGGUGGACUGGGAUAGCCCUUUGCCCAUGGGGAUUUGGCAGAAUGAGAGACUUCCCUCAUGAAAUGUACAAGAUGCUCGACCGUCCCCUGGGCUCCCCCGCUUAUAAAAACCAUCCAAUCAGCGCUGCGAACCAACGUUCCUUUUUGUGUUGACGUUUCCCCAGGCAACCAGAUCCCUUUGUCCUCACUGACCAAUCAGAGCUCGAAUUGGCUUCGGAGGAUUCUGUAUAAAUAGCGCGGGGCGCGGUGAGACGCAGCAGAUUUCCAGGAUCACAGGAGAUCAUGCGUGAGUGCCUUUCACUUCACGUUGGCCAGGCCGGUGUGCAGAUCGGCAAUGCCUGCUGGGAGCUGUAUUGCCUGGAGCAUGGCAUCCAGCCGGAUGGACAGAUGCCCAGUGACAAGACCAUCGGAGGAGGGGACGACUCCUUCAACACCUUCUUCAGUGAGACUGGGGCAGGCAAACACGUUCCCCGAGCGGUCUUCAUCGAUCUGGAACCCACUGUGAUCGAUGAGAUCCGCACCGGCACCUACCGACAGCUCUUUCACCCUGAGCAGCUCAUCAGUGGCAAGGAGGACGCAGCGAACAACUACGCCCGGGGCCACUGCUCCGUCGGCAAAGAGAUUGUGGAUCUGGUCUUGGAUCGCGUCCGGAAGGUGGCUGAUCUGUGCACAGGGCUGCAGGGAUUCCUCAUCUUCCACAGUUUCGGGGGUGGCACCGGUUCAGGUUUCACUUCCCUCCUGAUGGAGAGACUCUCUGUUGACUACGGCAAGAAAUCCAAGCUGGAGUUCUCCAUCUACCCCGCUCCCCAGAUCUCCACCGCGGUGGUUGAGCCAUACAACUCAGUGCUUGUCACCCACUGCACCCUCGAGCACUCCGACUGUGCCUUCAUGGUGGACAAUGAAGCCAUUUAUGAUGUUUGUCGACGAAACCUCGACAUUGAGCGACCAACCUACACCAACCUCAACCGUCUCAUUGCACAGGUGGUGUCGUCCAUCACGGCAUCACUCCGGUUUGACGGUGCCCUCGAUGUGGACCUGACAGAGUUCCAGACCAACCUGGUCCCCUAUCCCCGCAUUCACUUCCCUUUGGCAACCUUCGCCCCUCUUAUUUCUGCUGAGAAGGCUUACCAUGAGCAACUCUCAGUGGCUGAGAUCACCAACGCCUGCUUUGAACCAGCCAACCAGAUGGUGAAGUGUGACCCCCGCCAGGGCAAGUACAUGGCGUGCUGCAUGCUGUACCGAGGAGAUGUGGUGCCCAAGGACGUCAACGCUGCCAUCGCCACCAUCAAGACCAAGCGCUCAAUCGCAUUUGUUGACUGGUGCCCAACUGGGUUCAAGGUUGGCAUCAACUACCAGCCCCCGACAGUGGUACCAGGCGGUGACCUGGCGAAGGUGCAGCGGGCCCUCUGUAUGCUGAGCAACACCACCGCCAUUUCCUUGGCCUGGACCCGCCUGAACCUCAAAUUUGACAAGAUGUAUGCCAAGCGAGCCUUUGUCCACUGGUACGUGGGAGAGGGUCUGGAGGAAGGGGAGUUACAGGAUGCACGGGAAGACAUGGCCUCACUCGAGAAGGAUUACGAGGAGGUGGGGGUCGACUCUGCUUCGCUGGACAGGAAAGGCGAGGAGGAAGAAUAAGAUUUAUGAAUUUAUACAGUUUAAUUGUUUAAC